GGCCCCGCCUUCCUCCGCGGCGGACACGGGCAGCGGGCUAGGUUGCGCCGCACUGGGUGGUGGUUCCCGGGCCACGGCAGCGGCGGCGGCGCAGCGCGGAGUCCUGGGCCCGGCUUGGCCCCGCGGCGGCGGCCCCGGCCAUGGAGUCCUACGAUAUCAUCGCUAACCAGCCCGUGGUGAUCGACAACGGUUCUGGUGUGGUGAAGGCUGGUUUUGCUGGAGAUCAGAUCCCCAAAUACUGCUUCCCAAACUAUGUGGGCCGUCCAAAACAUGUCCGGGUUAUGGCUGGGGCGCUGGAAGGAGACCUUUUCAUUGGACCCAAAGCAGAGGAGCAUAGAGGAUUGUUAUCCAUCCGGUAUCCCAUGGAACAUGGCAUUGUCCGGGACUGGAAUGACAUGGAGAGGAUCUGGCAGUAUGUUUAUUCCAAAGAUCAGCUGCAGACGUUCUCAGAAGAGCAUCCAGUUCUCCUGACAGAAGCCCCACUAAACCCCAGCAAAAAUCGAGAGAAGGCUGCCGAGGUUUUCUUUGAGACUUUCAACGUUCCAGCUCUUUUCAUCUCCAUGCAAGCUGUCCUCAGCCUCUACGCCACAGGCCGCACUACAGGGGUGGUGCUGGAUGCAGGGGAUGGAGUGACACAUGCGGUCCCCAUCUACGAAGGCUUCGCCAUGCCUCACUCGAUCAUGCGUGUAGACAUCGCUGGGCGAGAUGUCUCCCGUUACCUCCGCCUGCUGCUACGGAAAGAGGGCUAUGACUUCCACACCUCAGCUGAGUUUGAAGUCGUGAAGACAAUAAAGGAGAGAGCUUGCUACUUGUCCAUCAACCCUCAGAAGGAUGAGGCCCUGGAGACAGAGAAGGUGCAGUACACGCUGCCUGAUGGAAGCACUUUAGAUGUUGGUCCCUCGCGGUUCCGAGCCCCUGAGCUGCUGUUCCAGCCGGACUUAAUAGGAGAUGAAAGCGAGGGGAUCCAUGAAGUGCUAGCAUUUGCUAUCCAGAAAUCUGACAUGGACCUGCGGCGGACAUUGUUUGGGAAUAUUGUUCUGUCUGGGGGAUCUACACUUUUUAAAGGUUUUGGAGACCGGCUGCUCAGUGAGGUGAAGAAACUUGCUCCAAAAGAUGUCAAAAUUAAGAUCUCUGCACCUCAGGAGCGAUUAUACUCUACGUGGAUUGGUGGCUCUAUUCUCGCCUCCCUGGACACUUUCAAGAAGAUGUGGGUGUCCAAGAAGGAGUAUGAAGAGGACGGCAGCCGGGCCAUCCAUCGGAAAACAUUCUAGGGCAGGGGUUGGG